UACCUCUUGGAAGAUCAUGCCUUGGGAACAGACAGACAGAGGAGGCGAGAGGAGAUGCGGUUACCUCUGGUCUGGGGCAGGGGUGAAUGACCCAUAAACGCUGUCCUGCUACCACAGAGCUUCAGCGACCUGUGCGCGCGCCCGCCAUCGCAGAUGCGCCCCAGCUGUCACUCCGCUGCGUGCUCUCCUCCCUCUGCUUGCUUGCUGUUGAGCACGCGCGCUCUGCUCCCUCUGCCUCUCCCCCUCUUCGGUCUGUCUUCCUCCCGCCCUCCCUCUUUCGCUUCAGUUUGUCGCUGACCCCGCAGCCCCCUCCCCAGCAGUGGCAGCUCAGCCUAUGGGUCCGCCUCCUUCUCAGGCGCUGCCCAGGCUCCCGCUGCCCUGAGCUAGACCCGACAUCCCCGCGUUCUGCCUGCCAAGCUGCCCAUGUCCAGCUACCUGGUUUGAGCAUCAGGUUCCAGUGCAAAAAGGCCUCAGUUUCUCCUGGACCAGUGACCAGCCGAAGAGCAGGAACCCCUGAGCUGAAGCAGCUAUAGAUCUACUAGCUGGCAGAAGACAGUCACUGUGAUUCACCACAGGGUGACAGUGGGAUCAGGAGCUGGGCACAGCACCUCACGUCCUGUCAGCAGGCACUACGGAGGGGAGGGCCGGGACUCUGCCUCCUCACGGCUAUGGACUGAUAGUCGCUGCGUGCUGAGGGGCUCUCUCCAGAGCUGCAGAGAGUGUGGGCUCCACCAUGCUGGCACCAGGCAGUGGCCCAGAGCAGAGGAGCAAGCUUGCCCUGCACUGGAGGCAGAUCUCCUGGAUCACCUGCUGGAUUGCCCUGUGUGCUGUGGAGGCGCUCCCUGCCUGCCCUUUCUCAUGCACAUGUGACAGUCGCAGCUUGGAGGUGGACUGCAGUGGCCUGGGCCUCACCUCUGUGCCCCCGGAUGUGCCCGCUGCCACCCAAAGCCUUCUGCUCCUCAACAAUAAACUAAGUGCCCUGCCCAGCUGGGCAUUCGCCAACCUGUCCAACCUGCAGCGGCUGGACCUGUCCAACAACUUCCUGGACCAGUUACCGAGGUCCAUUUUCCAGGACCUGGUCAAUCUGACAGAGCUCCAGUUGCGGAACAACAGCAUCAGGACCCUGGACAGGGACCUGCUCCAGCACUGCCCGCUGCUUCGCCAUCUGGAUUUGUCUAUCAACGGCCUGGCCCAGCUGCCCCUGGGGCUUUUUGACGGGCUCCUGGCUCUUCGAUCCUUGUCCCUUCGCUCCAAUCGUCUGCAGAGCCUGGACCGGCUGACCUUUGAACCCCUGGCAAGCCUGCAGCUACUUCAGGUUGGGGACAACCCAUGGGAGUGUGACUGUAACCUUCGAGAGUUCAAACACUGGCUGGAGUGGUUCUCCUACAGAGGGGGUCGUCUAGACCAGCUUGCCUGCACUCUUCCCAAGGAGCUAAGGGGGAAGGACAUGCGUGCGGUACCCAUGGAGAUGUUUAACUACUGUUCCCAGCUAGAGGACGAGAACAAUUCUGCUGGGGUGGAUGCCCCAGGGCCACCCUGCACCAAAGCCAGCCCAGAGCCUGCUAAACCUAAGCCGGGGCCCGAGCCCGAGCCCGAGCCUGAGCCCAGCACUGCCUGCCCUCAAAAGCAGAGGUACCGGCCCGUGAGUGUGCGGCGAGCCAUCGGCACAGUGAUCAUUGCGGGUGUAGUAUGUGGCAUUGUCUGCAUCAUGAUGGUGGUGGCUGCUGCUUACGGCUGCAUCUAUGCCUCCCUCAUGGCCAAGUACCACCGGGAGCUCAAGAAGCGCCAGCCGCUGAUGGGGGACCCCGAGGGUGAGCAUGAAGAUCAGAAACAGAUCUCUUCUGUGGCAUGAGCGCUGUCUGUUUGGCCCAGGUAGGACAGCCAGGAGGCUCCACGGAACUGCUACUAAAAGGGCUGCCCUUCCCUCCCUCAUAUGCUCUGCCUCAGUCUGACACUGCUACUGCCUCCCUCAGCAACCUGGCCCUCGUCUGCCCUCCAGUAGAGCAGCCUCCCAGUCUCUUUCCAAGGUUCUAGAAGUUUCCCUUGGCCAAAGGUUCCUCUCUGGGCCCCUGGUCUUUAGAACACCAGAGCGUCCCUGUAGACUCUGACCACAGGGAAGAACCGACACCACAAACACCGAACACCUCCCUCCUGCCCAGGGCCAACACAGCUGGAGACCUCUCCCUACCUCCUAUUGCUCAUUCCCACUUCAGUCUGCAUAGGGCCUGAGAGGGAGGGACAGGGGAGCAGGGGUAAUGUUUGUGACUCCUUUUGAAGCCAGAAAGAUAUUCUUAGAUCCUUGCAGCGUGAAGCUCGUCCGGCUCUCAGAGGCUGGUGCCAAUGUGCAAACACCCCCCAGCCCUGUGAUCUGGGUCCAGUGCUUAGAAAAACCAAAGUGACUAUAACGUCUUCCUUGGGUGGAUGCCAUUGUGUUCCUUCAUCUGCUACAGACUCUGACUACAUUGCUCUGGGUUUAUUAAUUUUAUAUUUUUGUUUUAGCGUUGGGUUUUGAGACAGGGUUUUACUCUAUAUGCUAAUUCACUGUCGAACACAGGGCAUUGCUAUCACAGUCACACACACACACACACACACACACACACACACACACACACACACACACACACACACACACACACACACACUAGGCUCCAGGCUCCUGAGAGCUCAGUUGUAGACCUCUGGGUAUGCCUGGGAUCCUCUACCCUGCCAGGUCCCAGGCACACCCAGCAGUUCCCACUGCCACAGCCUGAAGCCUCAUUUGUGUUCCUCUGCUUCUCCUGCCUCCUCUGUCAUCUGCAUCAUUUGUUUGUGACCUCAAGGCUGGGUCUGGGCUGUGCUCUGAGAUUGGUGGUUCACCUAAAGGAGAGCAGAUGUCAGGCUGUGGGUCCUCGAUGAGGCUGGCUGCCUUCAACACAUUCGCAAGAACAGGAACAGGAUGGCUACAUUCUGUUCGGAGUCCUCAGCGAUGGGGCUUCCUUUCCCCAGGGGUUCAUAGGUUCUGCCUGGUUUCCUGGGAGUGUGCAAUUGCACCUGGGCUGGUACAAGCUAAAAAGGGACUGUAGUCCUAUCUGGGAUGGAGACUGUUUUCCCCUGGGCUGUGCACAUAUUCAGGGUUGCUGUCUGCUUUUCUCAACUGUCCCCUCCUUAGAGACUGGUGUUCCUCUGUAAGAGAUGCCAGGCUAAUACCUUGCCUUGAGAAGGGUCUAGGUGGUAGCCAGAAAGAGGCCAGAUAGACACGGAGGCAUUGAGGACUCGUCUACGGGGCAUGGGGCAGCCUUCUAUCACGUGCUCUACUAGCAGGGGUGUGCACUGGGAGUCUCCGGAGAGCUUUCACGGUGGCUCUCUGGCCUGUACACAGAGAGCACGGGCUGCUAUACAGGAUCACAGGAUCCUCUAGGCCAGGCCACAGCCUGCCUUCCUCUUUUGGCUGGUGGGCCAAUCCCAGAGCUGGGAUUUUCUAAGGGCCUGGGGGAGGGAGGGUGUUGUCAGUGGUGAUAUCUUUAGCCUGAGACAGAAGAUUUUUAAAGGCAAAUUAUAUUUCUGGUUUGUUGUUUCAGAAGACCAAUAAAGACUAUUUUCCUAUGUA